AGAGGACUGUGAGACAAUGUCACAUAUGUCCUUAUUCACUAUGGACAUCAAGAUGCUCAGGAUAGUUGCCUGUUUGGUGCAUCUUUUAUCAGGUAUGAGUGUAGGAGAGGGUAUCUUACCCCCAGGACCCCUUAGCGGAGCUGUGGCAGGCACAGUGAAGUUUACCACCACCCUCAGACCUCCGGAGACUCCGUUCCUCUCAGUCAGCUGGAGCUUCAAGGGGGUGAACAUCAUCACCUCCACCAGCAGCAACGUCACUGAGCCCGGUCACGCUAACAGGAUCUCAUUAGACCGAGCCACAGGGGCCCUAGAGCUCAGGAACCUGGUGCCAGAGGACAGCGGGGAGUACACGGUCAUCAUCGUACCAGACGGAGGGCUGCAGAAACAGGGGAAGACCACACUGAAUGUGUAUGCACUGGUAAGUGGAGCCAUCAUCCGCAGCCCCGCAGCCAUCUUGAUAGAAGACAAAAGCUCCACCAACCUCAGCUGUGAGGCCUCCGGCUCCAUCAGCACCAGAGUGUGGAUAAAGGACGGCCAGCCUCUUCAUCCAAGUGGCAGAGUCAGCUUGUCCAUGGACAACAAGACAGUGUUCAUACAGCCUGUUCACAGCUCCAACCAUGGCACCUACCAGUGUCGAGUCAGCAACCCAGUCAGCACCAUGACUGCGGCCCAUAAACUCACUGUCAACUUUGGACCACACAACAUAUCAAUUACUGGACCAUCAGCAGCAGCACCUGGCCAGAGAGUGACACUGCAGUGCACAGCGGACUCUGUCCCACCAGCACACUUCAGCUGGAUGUUCAACGGCAAUGAGUCACAUGUUAAUAACACCAUGUAUAUUAUAGAGAGUUUGGAGGCAGAAAGCGUUGGGAAUUACACAUGCACUGCCAGAAAUAUGGUGACAAUGCUGGAAAACUCCACAGUUCUGAAUCUGAGAGCAUCCUGCACUGUUCCCUGCUGGUCGUUUUUAGUGCUGUUGAUCAGUGCUCUGACUCUGAGAGGGUUAAUGUUUGGAUGUUUUUAUUCCUGGUACAGUGCUGGGAGAUGGGAACUGCCUUCUACCGCAGCCAUGCCCCUAACAUCUUCUCUUUCUAGGCAGCAACCGCACAUCGACGGAUCUGCUCUUUGUAACUCUUUUUGCACAAUGGAAACUUCACCUCUCAUGCUGCUGAAGUUGCUGUACAUCACAUUACUACCAGUUCUUGAGGCGCAAGAAAUCAAAGUCCGGCCUGAAGUGACUGGAUACCUCGGGCAUGAUGUCACCCUGCCAUGCCAAUUCAUCCCAGGAGCAAAAGGCGCCAAUAUCACUCAGGUUCAGUGGGAUCUCAAGCCACCAGAAGGAGAGAGAAUCCUCAUUAUUGUUUUUAGUGUUACACAUGGAAGUAUCGCUCAUGAUACAUUUCUGAAGGAGAGAGUGAAGAUGGCAGAACAAUCUUUGAUCAUUAGAGAUGUGAAUAUGACAGAUGCAGGGUUGUACACUUGCAGCAUUGCAACCUUUCCUAGUGGUUCAUUUGAAGGAACCAUCAACCUUGUUGUUCAAGAACAGAUGCCGUUAUCUUCGGGGGUGGUUUCUGCUAUAGUGAUUGCUGUCUUGCUGCUGUUAGUGAUCAUGGCAGCCAUAGCUUACCUCAUCUUUAUCAGAAGACCGGAUUCUUCAGUCAGACACCGCGUCUACAUCGACACAAAUGGUCCAGUGAUGGAUGUGGCCAGGCCAUCUGUCACUGUAAGAGAGGAGGAUGUGGUCUACUCUGACGUCAAGCUCAAACCAUUCAGAGAUGUUACACCUUCAUCUACUGACCAACGUACAGAGACCACAUAUGGUGAUGAUGAUGUUGCAUACUCCGAGGUUGUAGUUUUUCGCCGGCCGCCAAAUUAGAUUCACUAAAGUAAUGUUGAACUUCUCUUUUUCAUGUAUUUGCUGGGGGGGGGAAUCUUCUUGAAACUGCUGUAUGCAGGUUGCAUUUACCAUCGUUUUGGUAUCAUUCAUUGAAACCAGUAUAUCCUGACAGCUGCCAAUAAAUCAGCUGCACCUUCUAUUCCUGCUCGCAUGGGCCCGUACCAAACCAAGCUGUUUCCAACACAGCCUCACAGCAGGUGACAAAAGAAAGGCAAUAUAUUCAUCACAGAUUUAACAGAGCUUUCAUUGGCGGUGGUAUUCUGUCUACAGCCAGCUCUGUGAGGGUGCACACAUCUGUAUUCUAACAUGCUUACAGUGAUAAUGUUAGCAUGUUGAUGUUUAGCAUCAACACAGUAUAAACCCUAUUGGUUUAGCAUGUUAGCAUAAAAGCAUUUGAGCUGAGGCUGAUGUGAAUGUCAUUAGUUUGGUGAAGAGUAAAGACAUGCACAGCACCAAAACUUUAACGCUUUAUUGAAUGCAGGGUAAUAGGGAAUAAAACAAACAGGAUAGCGGCACUCUCAGAUAGGCAUCAAUAUCUUCUUGUUUAUUAUUGGCAAACAGCAAUUGUGUUUCAGUGUUUCAGCUAUAAGCAAUUAUCAGCCAUGGCUAGGGUGACCAUACUUUCUAACUCCCAAACCAGGAAAUGGCCAACUUUCUCUUUAGCAUGACAGCUAACCAUUAGCAUAUUAUUUUGUCAGAAAGAGCUGCAAGCCUGGCUCAUAGGAUAGCAACAACCUUGACUGUUGGUUGAUUGGCACACAUACAGUCAAUUUAUUGUUGCAUUGUUUAUGGUCAGGGGUCUCAAACUGCCAGCCCGGGGGGCAUUUCCAGCCCUCCAUCCGCCCACAAUGUGGUGUCAAAAAUGUUAUUUAAAAAAAAAAAAAUUCUAGUUGUUUCAUAUCACUUUAAACUUCCCCUUCACAUAAAAUUAUAAUAAAAACACAAUUAUGUCUAUAAAAUUUUUUUAAUUAUUAUUUAUUUGUUUAUUUAUGGCAAAGGACAAAAAGUGUCCAUGAAUGCGUGGAAAUGGUUGACAAGAAGAGAGCAGGUUUUGGACCUUCAUUUUUGUUCGGCUGUGAACAACAAAGAUGAUAUAAAAUGAAUAAAAUAAAAUGUUCUGAUAAUGCCGUUUGAUGUUUUUUUUUAAGUAUGUUGGUAAUGUAAAUUUUCUCAGAAUAUUUCGCUUUCGUGUAGUAUUAGAUCGUUAAAGUGGCCCUCCUAUGAGAUUGAGUUUGAGACCCCUGUUUAUGGUUUUUUUAUUGGGUUAGAUAAUAAUGAGUGCUGUGCAGUGGACCACUUAAGUGGUCACAGUUGCUCCCAGCUCAGUGCAGCUAUCUCCCCCACUAUUAAAAAAGCUAUAAAUGUUGCUGGACCUGAAUCUAACCCUACUGUAGGAGUUAUCAGUCUAGUUCCAGUUAUGGAUCUGUAAAGUAAGUAUACUAUCUGGCUCUCAUGACGUGCGAUUCUGACUGUGGCCAUAACGCUAAAGUCUCCCCACAGACAGGUGCUGUUCCUGAGAACACUGUAAAAACUAAAAAAAACAACAACCUCAAAACAAGUUCCUGUUCCUCCUUUACCCUUCGACUGUCAAAGGUAGAAGACCAAAAGGAGGAAAAAAAUGGAAAUUACACACUAAACAAGGAACUAACUUGUGCAACACUAGUGUGGUGUGUUAAUUUUUCCAGCUAAUGAUGCUUAGGGCCUUAAAAGUGACAAACUUCCCCAAUUUUAGCAGUAAAAUGUAUUUCCUAGAUUCCUUUUUUAUUAUAAUUCAACUAAACUGGACAUUAUGACGUUUAAAUUCUGUGAUGUGUACCUCUUGCUUCACCUGACUUACUGGCUAGAAUUUGAAUGUGAGCAUGUUUUUAGAAAUCUUUUUAGAGCUGGAGUUGUAAUUGUACUGUACUUCAAAUUCUUUCCUAAUCCUGCCUGCUUCUUCAAAGUUACCUGCAGCAGCUAUAAGUCAAAAGCAAGAAUUGCAUAUUAUGAUUCAAUACUGAAUGUAUACCAAUAGCACAGAUAAGCUACUGGUAGUUGUUGUUCUGGCAUUUUACCCUACAUUGUAUUUUUGGCGGCUUUGGCCCGAUUGUGCAGAUGUAUGCAGAUGUUGCAGUCAGAGAAUGCCAUGUAAAAAGGUGAUAACAUGUGGUUGUUGUAAUGAUGCAUACAAUCACUAAAAUUUAGCUUUCUGUUACCUUCUGGCAGGGUUUCCUGGCAGUGUGAUUAUGUAGGUGUGAGAUUAUGGCUCACUUUGUACAACAGAACAUGUGAGAACAAAGCCAUUUCUUUUUUGUUAUACUUACUUAAGGGCUAACUUGUAUUUUUUGAAUUGCUCUGUUUUUACAUCUUGUUUAUAUUGAAAGUCAUUGAUUGGACUUUUUUUUUUUACACCCGAUGUAAUGCAUUUGAGAUAUUUCUGAAAUGCUGCUUGUUUAGCAAAUCAUGCAGACAAGCAGAUAGGUAAGAGUCUACAAAUUGUCUGUACAUUUGCUUUAAAACAGAACUGUUUGUUAGUGGCUAGCGUGGCUUAAUAAACCUUUUCAUUGUGACAGACA